AUGUGCAACACAAACACCACGAUUCUCCAACUUUCCCCAUCGUACGGGCCGUACCAACUGCCCCCCCCCGAUGUGGGCAUCGUUCGAGAUCCCCCUUCACAGCAACAUCACGAUCCUCGAUGGAAUGUACUUGUCGUGACCAGGCUUCAACGCGACGCGCGAGCAUGUAUUUUUGUCGAGGUGGUUCACUGCUCAGACGCUCCAUCGGCCCUACGCUGCAGCGUGUUGGCAUUGGACGACUCGAUCUUUUCCGACGAUGCCAACUACAACAAUACGCCACCGACAGCCCCUGUGAUACUAACCCCGCCGCUCUACACGUCGCAAGUCAUGGCCUCAACGGACGCUACGGACGUUGCGACUGUCGUGCGGGGGCUGCGCAGUAUGGACGCUUGCCUCGCACCUUGGAUUUCCACGCAGUACUGUUGGCUGGACUUUGGCAAGACGUGGGACAUGGCCAACUCUGCCAAACUACAAGCUUGGUGCCACCAAAACUACGCUGCAAACGGCGCCGUCAUCCGCACUCCCGUUGCAAACGAGUCGGAACGAAGCCGACUGUGGUGGCUGGCCGUUCAACGCUCGCGACAGGCGACGUCAGAACGUGACGAAGUGAUGCACUGGCGCGGGUGGAAUGUGACGGUGUUCACCCCCGACUGGCAAAACUACAAGUCUAUUCGGUUGGUCGACACGUUCGAUGCCCUGGAACUAAAGUACAAGUCGUUCAAGGUGGACCUUCAGUUUCCGUGCGUACUCGCCGCGUGGACAACCAGCGACAGCGCGCAUCGUCAUGACCAAACAUUGGCCGUGGGCGGCAACCUCUUGUGCGACAACACCAACACAAAAACUCCGUUGGCGGAUGACCUCGCCGUGUUUUCCGGGACAUGGGCAUGCAACAGCAUAUUGACCUAA